AUGUCUUUAAAGGUUUGUUCUCGACUUGUUCCCGUCGUUUCAAACUCAGUCUCAGCACUCUCAGUACCACGUUAUUCGUUUUGUCGCCUAUUAUCAGCAAACCGGUUAGUCACCCCUUCAGUAGGACUAGUUCACAUAUCAAGUUGCAAGUAUUCUACGAAACCCUCAACGGCCCCAACUAAACCACAUAUUAAGGAAGUUUAUUAUGGGGUCUUAACACCACAAAUCAAAGCAGUGAAGAUAUUUUCCCUUACUUCCAGUAUAGUUGGUUUAAUAGCACAACCAUUUUUAUAUAGUGAAAUAGCAUCGACUGGAAAUAUUCCCAUUAUUCUUGCUGCAUAUUCAUUCAUUGGGUUCUUCACUGUUUUAACACCCAUUCUCUUACAUCUUGUGACCAAGAAAUAUAUUACUCAUUUGAUUUAUAAAGAAGAUACAAAUAGUUAUGUAGCAACUACUGUUAAUUUUUUCUGUUUAUCUAAAGAGAUUGAAUUCAAAUCUGAUGAUGUUAAAGUCCCAUCUGUACCAGGUAUGUUCACCUCUUUCACAGCUAAUGGAAAAUCUCUCUUUCUGGAUCCCAGAUUAUUUGAACAUCCUGAACAUUAUGCAAAAAUCAUGGGCUAUGAUAAACCUUUGGACUUCAAAUUGUAUGAAGAUUCUGAGAGUAAUGUUAAAAAGAAUUAG